GAUCCUCCAGGCAGCUUCAGAGACAGAGCAAGAGAAACCAGUGGAGGAAAUGAUGUCUUUCAAGGUCCUCUCUCUGCUCCUCGCUUCGCUGGGCUUCGUUUUGAUGGAAGAGAUUGUCUCGGGCGCCAGUGCAGGGACUCCCAGCACCCGAUCGCUGCAGAGACGCUACUCCGAGGCCACCCUGGCCAGCGACUACAGCCGCACGAUGGACAACAUGCUGAAGAAGAACUUCGUGGAGUGGCUGCUAGCCAGACGGGAGAAGAAAAGCGACAACAUGAUCGAGGAGUACAAGAGGGCAGCUGAGCCCCAAGGAGCCGCUGCCAAUGGCCAAAGGUUGGAGCUGAGCACGCAGGAAGCCAAAGAGUUCUUCUCCUGGCUCCUGAAAGGCAGCAAACCCCCGAGCUCUCUGGAAGGUUCGGAGGGUUUGAAGGAUGCUCUGAGCCAGGAGUUCCUGACAUGGCUGAUGUCCACUGAGCUCUGCAGGGCAACGACCGCAUAAGCCCAGGGCGCUGCCGAGGAGCAGUCUCCAUCCCUCAUGGCACGGAGGAGGAAGAACGUUCCCGUUCGCUCUGCUCUGUCGCAUCCUUUCUGUUGUGCUCCUGCGCAAUAAAGAGUUGAAGC